AUGCCGGAAAAGGCUAGAAAAAAGGUGAUUAAUUUCGAUAAUCCGUCAAACUGUCUGAUCAAGCGAUGGGACGAUGCCGUGAACCGCCACGACGGCAACCAGCUAGUCCAGCUUGUUGAAGAAUACAACUCACUGGUAGCGAAGCUGAGGAAAAACGGAGAGAUCAUCCAACACAUACGACAGCGCAAAACGUUCCCACAACUGCUUGUCCACGAGAUCAUGAACCAGUGCUACUUGCGGGGAGUUCUUCCUGACUAUAGGAAGCUGAGGAGCUACAAAGCUUUCUCAAACUACGUUUAUGGCGAACUAAUGCCGUCGUUUCUGAGCAGAGCGUUCAACCAGUGCAAGCUGUCGCAUACCAAGGUUUUUAUUGAUCUGGGCUCCGGAGUCGGCAAUUGCACGAUUCAGGCGGCGUUGGAGUAUGGAUGCGAGAGCUACGGCGUCGAGAUUAUGGACCAUGCGUCAAGGCUGUGCAUGCUUCAGACUGAGGAAUUUGAAAAGAGAUGCGCCAUCUGGGGAGUGAGGCACGGGGCAAUGAAGUUUUUCCUUGGCGAGUCGUUUGUGGACAACGCGCCCGUCCAGGAAGUUAUCGACCGCAGCGACGUGAUUUUGGUGAAUAACUAUCUUUUCGACGCGGAGCUCUCAAAGAAGGUGGUUGAUCUGUUUUCGAAUCUCAAAACAGGCACGCAGAUCAUCAGUCUCAAGCCGAUUGUGCCUCCAGGGUACACUAUCUCGUGGGGCCAUCCGGAGUCGAUUUUAAGCCGGAUGAAGUGCACGAGAUACACGUACGGAGAGAACGACGUGAGCUGGACUUCGAAAGGAGGAUUUUACUACAUAACCGAAGUUUUGCCGCAUAUCAACGAGGAGUAUCUCAGGGCGCUGCCUGCAAGGUCGCAGCGAACACGUGGGAAGGAGUUGGUGCUGAACGCGUUCACCAACAACGUUUAA